AUGAUAAAUACCGUCGGCAAGAGGGCCGACUGUGCUGGGGGUCCCCGCUGUGCGGGGCAGCACAGGAGGCCCGGCCGGAGGCCUAUGAACGUGCAGUUGCACCCUUCUCUCUCCCAAGCCCCCAUCCGGGCUGAGGAUGCACGUGUUAUCGUGUGUGCCAGCGGUCGAGCGGUAGAGCACCGGGCUUCCCAUCCGGAGGUCGCGGGUUCUAGCACCCCCCCG